GCGGCCAAACGUCGCCCAUCUCUAGAGAACGUGAACACGUCAGUUUUUAGUUUAUAAUAUUUAUAAGCGAAAAGUUCAGUGCACAGCGGUCGCGAUUCCGAACUAGAAGUGGCAGCAAUGCCCACGGGGAGUACCAGCUAAACUCCAUAACAUACAGACGGCUAAAACAACCAGCUGACCAAGUCAGAAAUAACCAAAAUUACCGAAAUAAACGCAGACGGCGCCGCAAGUUGACCAAAAACGGACGCAAAAUCCAUAACAGCGAGCUGAAAAUAAAGCCGCCAGUGAAAGUGGAUGUGCAAGAGGGGAAGACCGCAGGGGAAGACCGUAGAGAUUAGCAGCUGCCACGCCAAGCAGAUCUGACGUGCGUGUCGAUAGAGACUCUCGUCAACUCCAAAUCACGCCCACACUGGUUUUCUGCGGGGGCAUCUAAGUACACGUAGCCAUCGUCAUGGCCUUGCCAUUGAGUGACCUGCUCAUGAUUGGCGGCGGCGAGAAGAAACUGGCAGCCUGCCUGGUGCUCCUCCUUCUGGAGCUCUUCCUGGAAGGCGCCGAGUCAACGGCCAGUCCGGCGGACAUUAAGAACCAUCUGGAGCUGGGCAAGGAGUUCCUUGCCCGCGGACAGCUGUCGGAUGCACUGACGCACUACCAUGCAGCUGUUGAGGGCGAUGCCAACAACUAUCUGACGCUUUUCAAGCGCGGCACCGUCUACUUGGCGCUGGGAAAGACGCGUUUCGCCGUCCAGGACUUCAGCCGGGUCCUGGAACUGAAGCCAGACUUCACGGCCGCCCGCAUCCAGCGUGGUGUUGUGCACAUGAAGAGCGGAGAGUAUGAGCAAGCGCUCUUGGACUUCGAUCAAGUGCUGCAAGAGGAACCCAACAACGGCUUGGUGCUGGAGCACUACUCCCGCUUGGCCCCCGCCCAGGAACAGUGGCUCCUUGUGCAGCAGCUGAUUCAGCACAGUGAUCACCAAAACGCCAUUUCAAUGAUCACACAAUUGCUGGAGAUCUCGCCGUGGGCGGUGCCGUUCCGGCAGGCUCGCUCUGAUGCCUACAUUGCCAUCAAUGAUCCCCUGUCAGCCAUUGCUGACUUGCGACAGGUGAACCGUCUCACCCAGGACAGCACUGAGGGUCACUACAACAUCGCCCAGCUGCUAUACACUAUUGGCCAUGCCACGAAUGCCUUAAAAGAGAUCCGCGAGUGCCUGAAGUUCGACCCUGAGCACAAGCUCUGCUUCCCCUUCUACAAGAAACUGCGAAAGGUGGAAAAGCAGCUGGUUAACGCGGAGCAGGCGCGUGAGGAGAAGCAGUUUGCCGAGUGCAUUGCCGCCGGAGAGGCAGUGCUGCGUAACGAACCGGAGGAAACAAUGAUCCGGUACGAGGGACACAAGGUGCUCUGCACUUGCUACACGGCCGACGAGCAGUUCGGCAAGGCUUUGCAGCAGUGCAAGGAGGCAUUAGAUAUUAUGAAGGAUGCUCAGGUCUACUGUGAUCGUGCUGACGCGUUGCUGGGCACCGAGAUGUACGAUGAUGCCAUACACUCCUUCCAAGCGGCUCUCGACCUGGAGGAGAGUAACACCCGCGCGAAAGAAGGCAUCCAGAGGGCGAAGAAGCUGCAGAAGCAGUCAGAACGCAGGGAUUACUAUAAGAUAUUAAACGUUAAGCGCAGCGCCAGCAAACAGGAGAUUGUGAAGGCUUACAGGAAGGCGGCGCAAAAGUGGCAUCCGGACAACUUCCGGGACGAGGAGAAAAAGGUGGCCGAGAAGAAGUUUAUCGACAUCGCAGCAGCCAAGGAGGUACUCACGGAUCCCGAGAAGCGUCGCCAGUUCGACAACGGCGAGGAUCCGUUGGAUCCUGAGAGCAAUCAGCGUGGCGGCUUCCAUGGCGAACAUCCGUUUGGACACUUCCAGCACGGGUCGCCGUUCCAGUUCAAGUUCCACUUCAAUUAGUCAGCCAGCCAGCAGCCAUUUGCUUUGUGAUGUCCUAGCCGCGAUCCCCGAUAUCCUUCAACGAUUUUACACUGUUUGUUUUGUUCAUUUAAAUGGCGUGUAAAUAGUAGCAUAAGGCAUAAAUAAACCCACGGUCCGUUGUCAGAGAGUAGCACACACACACAAAUCGCAACAAAACACACUGAGCACUUACAUUUAAUUAGUUUAUUUAAUACAAUACAAUAAUUAUAAUGUAGUACAUUUUUCUAAUUAUGUAUAAAAAGAAACAAUAUGCGAGAACAAGCAAUUAAAGACUUGGCAAUUUGAAUUGAA